CGUCAUGCAAGCGGGAAUCUCCAAGUGCUGAAAAGCUUGCUGCUAUAUUAUGCAAGCUGGGUUUUUCCUUCUACAAGUAGCCGUGCAGCGAGAAAGCAGCGCGGAGUCGAAAUGGACUGGGAACAGCUCGCAUCCGUGGACCUGCUCCAAUUAGAGCGCAACGAGUCGCAGCUCAACUCGGCGUACGAGUUCUUGGAGCGUAACGAGCUGGACUCCGCGCAGGCAGCCGCCACCCAGCCCACCCAGCUCCUCCGCAUCCUGUCAGCCGUUCAGCAAGUCAUGAAGGUGAAGGGGGAGGAGGCCAGGGUUGCUAUGGAGGAGCUCAUUGCUAGGCAACAACAGGUGGUGGAGGGGGAAGCCCCCGACGAACGAGCCCUGAUGAACCAGAUAGUCCAGUUGGAGAGGGAGUUACGGGAGAGAGACGGGAUUCUGGAGACGCUGAGAGAUAGGGGCAGCUCCCCUACGCCCGGUGCCGUGAACGAGUUGAGAGUUCUGCGGCAGGAGAACGAAGAUUUGAGACACGAGUUGGGUGAGGUGAAGAGACGGCUGGACCACGAGAGGGCGGAGUCGGACCGGCUGUCUGGGGAGGCGGCGUCGGACCGACUGAGGGCGCGGCAGCUGGAGAGAGAGGGGGACCAGCUACGAAAUGACCUGGAGGAGUACAGGAAGCACAUGCAGAGUGCUGGAGAGGGAGUGGGGGGCGUGGCAGUGGGCGGGGCUAGUCUGCUGAGGGCCGGAGAGAGGGAGUAUAGAGAGAGACUGAGACAGAAAGACCUCGAGAUCGCCGAGCAACUGGACAAGAUUGAGGAGCUGUUGAAUGUGCGAGAUGAGCUGGAGAGGGAGAGAGAGGGUCUAGCUGUGGAACUGGGGAGAGCUGAGGAGGAGAAGAUAGUCUGUCUGCGAGAGUCGGCAGUUGGAGAAAAGGAUGUGGAACUUGCUGAAUGUCGCGACCUGGUGCACAAGUUACAGUCCCUGUUGGCCGAAGCAGCAAAAGACAGCAGUAGAGCUACAGUCAUUAGAUUUAAAAAGCAACUGCAAGACAGGGACCAGGAAGUUGCAGAGCUACAAGAGGAAAUGACGCGCGGUGCCACGGCUCUCGAGGAACUGUCGGCCCAACUGGAAGAAGAAAGGCUGCGGGCUAACCCAGUCGCCACCAACUCAGCCCUGCAAAAGUCGUUGCAGUCGGCUAAGAGGGAGAGCGAGAGGCUGAGACAAACUCUGGAGCAGGAAGUGGAGAGGAGGAGAGAGUGCGAGGCCAGCGUCGCGGAGAGAGAGACGGAGCUGGCUCAGGCCCUCAGGAGAUUAGGAGAAUUUGAGAGAGGAGAAUAUGGUUUACAUGAGGCGAUUCAAGAAAUAAAGACGAGGAAAGAAGAAAUAGCAGUGAGAGACCGGGACAUCGUUGUACUGACCCAACAGGUAAACCAGCUGGACGAGCAGGUGAACCGGUUGAGCGAGUUGAACGAGAUGCUGUGUGAGAGGCUGGGUGAGGGGGAGGAGGGGUUCGGUGAAUGGAGGGUGAGGAGAGAGGGAGAGAAUGAGAGGCUGAAGAGAGAAAAUCAGUCACUUCAGAGCCAGGUGGAAAGAUUGGAGGGAGACAAAAUGGUUCUUCGUAAACAGCUAUUGUCUCACAGACACACGACCUCUGACCCGGCAAGGAAGGAGAGAGGGAGGGAGGAAACAGACGAUGCCCAGGGAGGCGAUCUUAGACUUACUGCGGAGCAACUUAGAACACAGGUGGCCCAGUUGCAAAGGGACAAUGUUCAAAUGAGGCGAGAGAGAGACAGACUCAUCGCACAGCUAGCUGACCACCCGUCUGGCGAGACUCCUGGGAGAUCGGGAGUGGAGAGGGGGAGGAAGGGAGAGGGAGGGAGAUCAGGAGGAGAGAGGGGGAGGGAGGGAGAGGGGGGAAGGACGGACAAAGAACUGAGGAGGACUCGUGCUGAACUGAAGAUGAAAUGUGCCGAGGUUGAGAAAUUAGAGAAUGAAGUGAAAAUCUUGAGCCCAAAUGUUUCUGGGUUCCAACCCAUUCCACUUCCCGACAGCAUUCCGAUGACAUCACGUGACGUCAUUUCCAGUCUUAACGAGCACCUGCUGUGUGUCCUGAGGGCGGAAAAGGGGCAGAGUCAGGACUGUGACAAAAUGAGGAACGAACUCCAGAAAUACCAGCAAAAAUUUUCAGUUGUCAUCCAUCAACAGGGUCUACUGUAUAAGGAGUAUUUGGAAAGAGAAAAGGAAUGGGAGAGAGAGAGAAAAGAGUUAAAACAAGAAACAAGUAGAGCACAAUCUACAAGGGAGUCGUCGAUAGCGAUGCAGCUGUCUCGAGCACUGGCAGAGCUGGAGCGAAGGUCGCAGACUAUCAGCGAUCUCUGUCGAGAGGCUGCGAGAACGGAAGAACAGGCGAACGCGCUCGAACAACUGCUGACUCAGUCGCAGCGCCACUUGCUGGAGAGAGAGCGAGAGGUGGCGGAGAUGAGGCUGGCGGGAGGGAGGAGGGAGAGGGAGGAGAGGGGAGAGAGGGAGAGGCUCGCCGCAGAGCUGGCCGAGGAAGAGAGACUGAGGAAGAUGGCCGAGGAGAGUGUUCGACAGCUUCAGGCUCUGGUAUCUCAGAAGGAGAGACAGAGCGAGCGGUACUGCCAGCUACUGCAAGAAGCACGAUCGGAACUACGAACUAUGACCAAAAACCACGAGUCAGAAAUGGCGUCCCUCGUGAGGAAAAUGCAGGAACAGUCCGACUCGACCGUGCGGAGGCUCAGAGAGGUCUCCAUGGAGACGGUCGCCAUGCCGACGGUUAUCGGGGCGACGGAGAAGGAGCUGGGAAGGCUGCGGGAACUGGAGGAUCUGAUUGGUCAGCAGCGUGCGACGCACGAGGCGAAGAUGGCGGACGUGAGGAGGGAGAGAGAGCUGGAGAGACGGGAAUACUGAAACCAGUUUGGUUCGAGUCAGACAGGAAAUGGGCGAGCUCAGAUCCAGCCACUUUAUUGAAAAUGAAAGUCUAAAGGCAGAGUUGGAGCGACAGUCAGGCAGAGUUGUUGAGUUGGAACAAGAGCUACAGGUGAUGUCAGGGGAGUUGUCGGCAGCCAGGGAGACAGCGAGUGAACCUCCGUCAAAAGUCACACAGAGUCUCGUGGAGAGACUGAGACAACAACUCUCUGUCAAAGAGAAACAGCAAAAGG